AUGCGUCUCAAAGCCACCUGCCGUGCGGUUGAGCGCCUGGCUGAGCAAUGCUUGGGAACACCGGCAACCCUCGUGCCGCCGUUGGUCGCCGGUGGCUUUAACAUGCUAUACAAAGUCCAUCUGGCAGGAGAUCCCCUCAGGCCCGAUGUCAUGGUCCGACUUCCCUGCCCGAGCCUGGUCCAAUUUCCGGAUGAAAAAACAGUCCAAGAGGCGGCCACGGCAAGGUACAUCGCGGGGAACACUCAGAUUCCCAUCCCCCAGCACUUCUCUUGCGGCCGGGACCCCACGAUUGGACCAUUUGUCAUCCUUCAGUACAUCCCGGAGAGCCGCGGGAGUAUGUCAGCUCGGCUGACCACCCCCAACGAUGACCCAAGCGUCACGCACGUCCUUAAUCCAGACAUCGACGAAGCUACGCUCGAAGGCCUUUGGGGCAAGGCGGCAGCCUGUCUCAUUCAGCUCUCCCGCCUCACUUUCCCGCGGAUUGGGGCUCUGGUCGAGGUCGAGGGUGAGGGCAACGUGGCGGGUUCUUACUCGAUUGCUGGGCGGCCCAUCACCCACAAACUGACCGAUAUGGUUCGACUCGCCAACAUCCCACGCGCCGUGUUGCCGCCCGAGGGCAAGACGUACAGUACGGCAGACGAGUGGUACGUUGCUCUGGCAGAGAUGCACCUCGCGCAGCUCGUGUUUCAGCACAACGACGCGGUGGAGUCAGCCAAUGACUGUCGAAACAAGUUCGUGGCGCGCCAGAUCUUCCGACGGCUGGCCAAGCAGGGCAGGCUCUCUUCCUUUGGGUUUGCCGCAGACAACUGGAGCGCUCAGUCGUCCAAGAUCGACGCCGAUGAGCUGGUGGCGGUGAUCGACUGGGAGUUCGCAUACGCAGACCCAACACAGUUCAUGCGCUUGAAGACGUGGCUGGCGGCCAUGAAACGGGCCGAGGAGAGCAUCCCGGGCGUGGACCAGCGUGAUGCUCUACCCGCUCCCUUGUCCACGUACAUGCGGGAGAGUUGGGAGACGGGCCGGUUUUGGCUCAGCUACGGCGCGAGAAAGAGCUGGGCAGGUUUUUUUGGCGAGCGGGGUGAUGUUUUGAAAGAGGACUUGUGGAAGACGAGAGUACACUUGUUGACGGACGUGGAGGGAGCCGCGAUGGAGCCCUUUGUGGAGAGCAAGAUGAGGGAGUCUGAGGACCGGGUCAUAGUGGACUGGGAUCCGGUGGACGCGAGGAAGCGCUUGUCUGAGGUGUUGUUCGACUAG